GGAAGUCACGUGACCGCUGUCAUGUGACGGUUCGUGCGUUUGCAGCGAAGAUUUUCAUAGUUAAAAGACAAACAAAAGCAAAAACUGCAGUUUUGAGACUGAAAACCCCACGAAGAGUAGACUGAACCUGCUGGAAGGAUAUCAUGGGGUGUUGUUACAGCAGCGAGAGCGACACGACGGAUGAGAACACCGAUGAGUGGAAGCCACUGAUUCCAGACCCAAAACUAGAAAGAAAACCCCUCAAUGGCAGUGAGCGAAGCGCUGACAGCCUGCCGUCCAACCGUACAGACGAGCAGGCCCUGCUUACGGUCAUUCUGCAGCGGACAGCCUUGAACAUAAUCGACGUGUCAGCUGUUGAUUCGCAAGGCAUGGAACAACAUGAAUACAUGGACAGAGCCAGACAGUAUAGUACGAAGCUGGAAGUUCUGAGCAGAACACUCACUCAGAAGAAGCCGGUUCCUCUUCCAUCACUGACAAGCCAACCUCACCAGGUGCUCGCCGCUGACCUGGUGCCCUACGCAGAUGUACAACAGGUCUCAAAGAUCGCUGCAUAUGCCUACAGCGCCAUCUCACAAAUCAAAGUAGAUGCAAAAGAAGAGUUGGUGGUGCAGUUUGCUAUACCAUGAUUCAAAAGACGAACCCACUUUAUCACACAUCCUCGAUCUCUAUUUUUCUCUCUAGCCCAUUUCUCCACCAUUCUUUCUCCAUACUUUUCCCUUCCUGAAUCCAAUAGAAAUUCAGAUACUGAUGGAUUCGUUCACUGAAUGUCCUGCAGAUAUAUAUAUAUUUAAUCUAGACCACAACUCCAUGUGUAAGUCUGUUAGGACGGUCACCCUAGACACCCUCAGGUACCCACAGCACAGAGCAGAGGGUAAAACUGUUUAACAUAACAUGUAAUGGACUACUCAUGCUAGGAUGAAUUACUGUACAAUUGAUAAUUGAUGUGAGGUGUUAGGCCACAUUUGGUAGUAGUUCUUCAGGGUUGUUCACACAUCAACCAAACACACAACAAAUACCACAAAUAUAUAAAAGUCAACGGUGGUGUCAAGCUGCCACGAUUGCUUUGGUGAUUCGUGUAAGCCACUGUUGGCUUUUGAAUGUCUUGAUUGGUCGGAGGUUGUCAAACCAGGUUUUUGCAUUUGUACAGGCUUUGGUUCCACAAUGCAUUGAACACAAUCACACAUACUGUACUCCCAGCUUCAGUUGUGGAAUCCUUCUCAUAAUGGCCAGAAACUAUCCUAAGGUUAAAUCUAGAUUUGCACAGUUUUUGCUGGAUGGUAUUGUAGAGUGUAAAUACAACACAGAGGGUUUUGGUUCAGCACUGUCCUGCAUGCAAAAAGUGUUUUUCUUAAAGGAAUAUUUUGGGUUUGCUUCAAGUAAAGCUCAGUUAGAAACAUUUGUGUCAUAAUGUUGAUUUCCAGAAAAAAUUAUUUUGACUCGUCCCUCUUUUGUUUUUGUUUUUUCAAAGCAAAAAUCGCAGUUACAGAAAGGCACUCACAAGGGAAGUGAAUGAGGCCAGUCCAUAAACAAUAAAACACGUGUAAUGUUUACAUCUUUUGCUAUAGUUUUGAAACAGCUUGUAUUUUAGUGUUUAUGGACUGGCCCUAUUCACUUCCAUUGUAAGUGCCUCACUGGAACCGCUUUUUGAAUAAACGUGGGGCGAGUAAAACAUUUCUGUGGAAAUCAACAUGAUGCCACAAAUGCUGUUGAGUGAGCUUAACUUGUAUUGAACCCGGAAUAUUCCUUUAAUCAAUAUUUUACUCUUGUUUUUUCAGUAAAAAAAACAAAAAACAAUUUAAACAUUCUUAAAACAAGAUAUAUUUACUUUAAAUGAGCAAAAUUGCAUUAAAUAUUUCUGUUUGCAAAAAGAAGUUCGAUUUUUUUUUUUACGCCAUUAGCAAAUAGUUUUGUUUAUGUUUUAAGCAUACAUCUAACAAAGUUUUGUUCGAAUUAUGCUUAAAACAUGAAAUAAUAAUAAUAAAAAUUGCCCUUGGAGUAAGCUCAAAACUUAAUUCAAGUCUUAUUGUCUUCAAUAAUUUUCCCUGAAGUAAACUGAUCUUGCUUUUAGGAUGCUUUUGAUUAUUUAAAUUUUUUUUACUGGAAAACAAUGUGAAAAAAGUGAUUAAGAAAAUCACUUCAGCGCAUUCUCUUGUUGGUUUCUGGAAUCACUGUGGUUAAGUGUUUAUUAUUCCGAAUUCAGUUCUAAAAUGUUAUGCACUGUGGAUCUAGAUUGGGUUCUGGAUUAAUAUGAGCAAAAUACAGAAAUAAUACUUCUGUCUCACCAGACUAAAAUGCACAUAUUGUCAUAUUAACACUUUUAACGUUUUCAUAUUCAUAACGUUUGAAUAUUUCAGCCUCAUACCAACAGUGAAUUAAUCUACACGUGUAGAACUUUGUUGUCUGUGCACGAUUUGCUCAGUUCUAGAUCUUAUUAAAUUGUCAAAGUGACUCUAGACUGGUUUAGAUUUGAGUCUAUCGCUUACCAACAGCUACUCGAUUGUCUAGAAAUUCAGAGCUGGAAGCAGCUCAGGAGAUCUUCUGCAAUUUUAGACAUUAAUAAUUUUUUUCCCUGUUGCUGUUUGAGAAAUUGGCACUCUUGCAAAAUGCACAUUUGUAACAGUGGGCAGGUGACAAACCCCACUAAUCUAAUGUUUAAACAUAAGUGCACGAGACUGCCUGGAAAUAUCAGAAAUUCUGACGGUCAUGAGAUUCAGGAUAUAAAACCCUAUGAUCUAGAGUAGCUCUGUUAUUGCAUUUAAAGGGACAGUUCAACCAAAAAUAAAAUUAUGUCAUGAUUUACUCACGCUUAUGUUGUUCCAAACCCAUACACGUUUUUUUCCUGACAGAAUGUUUUUUUUUUUUUAGGUGAACUAUUCCAGUAACAGGAGAAAAAGGGUUAUCUUUUUGUGCACUUUUCCUAUAAACCUGUUCAAAUCAGACAUGCAGUCAUAUCAGACACAAUGGAUAUGGUUACAUGUCAGAGUUUCUUAAAGGGACAGAGCAAUUUGGCCUGCCUUAUGAAUAAACAUCCUGUAAAAUCGUGUUUUGGUGAGGUGUGGUGGGAUGGGAAUUUGCUGGUUUGUAAAUGAUGUUCUUUGUGUCAAUGCCUUUAAUGUACAGAGUGUAAAAUGAAUCGAGAUGAACGAUUAAUACCAUGUGUGUAGCAGGAAGUAAACAGCUCUACAGCGUUAUGUCUUAGUCAUAAGGCUUUGCGAUCAGUAGCUUGUUUUUGUUGAAGCAAACAAGGACACUUUUACCCUGCCUGUUCCACUUUUAACCAAAUAAAACAAUUGAAAAGAUCAAGCAAAUAUUAUUUCUUCAGCAUUCUCCAUUAAAUAUAAUUAUUAUUAUUAUUUUUGCUUUGCUUUGUGCCGAAAACGAUGAACGCACCAGUGAAAUCAAAUGACUGCCGUUCUUUCCUGACAGAGUCUGAGAUGCCACAGAAAAUGUUUGUAACUAUUUAUUUUAGUUUUUAUGUAUUUAUGCAAGCUCACAGACAGUGUGGUAUAAAAACUGGCUUUACAGAUCAUCGCAAGGCACUUAUUCUUUGAGGUUUUUAAAGGGAUAAAGUGCACUGUAAUACUCAGUACUCACUUUGUUUUCUGUUGCAGUGUGCUAAUAGUAUUGUUUCAGUUUUUGUUUGUUACCUUAAUGUGGAAUACUACCUGAUUUACAGAGAUGAUUUUCUUAGGCUAGAACCAAAAACAGUUAAUCUCAAUAUUGUUAAUACUGUUUUGUUGAAUGAAAUUGUGUAUUAAAGACUUUAAAAAUGA